AUGUGUGCUUGCUCUUCACCACUUUCUGCGGUUCUUGCAGUUACACUGUUGCUUCUCAGUUCAGUUGAUGCAAACGCAGUUGUUGAACUCAAAAAUCACCACAAGAAAUGCGAUUUAUACGACGGGAGUUGGGUUUUUGACAAAUCGUAUCCUCUCUACGACGUAGAGAAAUGCCCACUGAUCUUGCAGCAGUUCAGCUGCAUGAGAAAUGGACGGCCGGAUCGCCGUUAUCAGAAGUACAGAUGGCAGCCCAAGAACUGCAACUUACCCAGGUGGGAUGGGAGGGAGUUUGGGAGGAGGGUAAGAGGGAAGCGCAUAAUGUUCGUGGGGGACUCAAUCGGGCUGAACCAGUGGGAGUCGUUGGGGUGCAUGAUUCGUGCUGCCUAUCCGCGCGCUCCCUACUCCUCCGCUAAAACCGCUCUCCUCUCCACCAUUCUCUUUCCGAAAUUGAACAUCACGUUGAUGUACAUGCGGAACGCUCGUCGACAUGACAUUGCAACAGAGAAAGCAGCAAAAGUGCUGAAACUCAACUCCGUCGCCGCCAGCGCAAACCAAUGGCUCCACGCCGAUAUUCUCAUCUUCAACACCUGGCACUGGUGGCUUCACACUGGAACAUAA